CUGCGCCGGCCGCUGCGGCCAUGGAGGCUGAGGGCUGUGAAGCGGGCGCCGUGGGCGAGGGCCCAGGCCGGCCCGGCACGCCGAGCCUGGCAGAGGAGCUGUACCGCCGCCUGCCUGCCGAGGAGUCCGCGGAGCUGCGCCUCCAGCCUCAGGGACCCGAAGAGGCCAAAGCGUUUGUAAAUGCCUUCCUGAAGCGCAGCAUGCCAAAAAUGAAAGAGGAAGCUAUCCAGGAUAUAUUAACUCGGAAAGCUGUGGUUCUGGAGCAUUAUUCCAAAAGAAAGACAAAGCAAAAGAGGAGGAAAACAAAAGGUUUCACUGCCAAGCAAAGGCGAGAAAUGCGUCUUUUUGAAAUUGAACCUGACCAGCAAAGAUACUCCAUCUUUUUGCCACUGCAUGAACUCUGGAAACAGUACAUCAGAGACCUGUGUCAUGGGCUUAAACCAGAUGCGCAACCACAUAUGAUUCAGACCAAACUGCUAAAAGCUGACCUCCAUGGAGCUAUUCUUACAGUCACAAAAUCAAAGUGCCCUUCUUACGUUGGGAUAACAGGAAUCGUUCUACAGGAAUUUAAACACAUCUUCAAAAUUAUCACUAAAGAGGACAAAUUAAAAGUUGUUCCCAAACUUAACAACGUAUUUAGCUUGGAGAUUGAUGGAUUCAUUUCCUACAUCUAUGGAAGCAAAUUCCAGCUUAGAGCAAGUGAGCGAUCUGCAAAAAAAUUCAAGUUGAAAGGAACUAUUGACCUAUGAUCUCAUGGAAAAUCAGAAGUAUCAAUAGAAAUGUCUGCUGCUUGCAUGCAGUUCAAAGACUAGGUUUUCUGGCAGACUGAAAAUGGACUAGAACUAUGUUUUAUAUAUAUAUAUAUAUAUAUAUAUAUAUAUAUAUAUAUAUAUAUAUCAGUCUCACAGACUGAUGGAGUUUCUUAUAGCUCUUGUUAUUUGUAUAUAAUGU